AUGGGUAAUUUUGAACAAAAACAUGUUCAUUCCUUUUAUAGUGAAUCUUCAGCUGAAUUUUCAGCCACUAGAUAUAAGAUAUGGCCUAAAGUAGCUGAGUUUUAUGAGAAGUACGUUAAAGAGACCGAUUUGAUUUUAGAUGCCGGGGCUGGGAAUGGCCGGAAUACUUGUUAUCCCGAACGGACUUUAUCUUUGGAUUAUUCUGAGAAUUUGUUGGUGAUUGCUAAGACGAGACAGUUGGGGUUAGGGUAUGGUCGUUGUGAUUUAGGAGAAGAUCUGGGAGUAGUAAAUUCGGUUUUUGAUAUUGUUAUUUCUGUGGCUGUGAUUCACCACUUAUCAACUGCAGAAAGACGAGAGAAAUCAGUGCGAUCUUUAGUGGAUGUUUUGAAACCGGGUGGGUAUAUGUUGGUUUAUGUAUGGAGUGAGUGUCCUGAGAGUAAACCGACUAAGUUUUUAGGAAUUACUAAUUUAGCCGCUGGAUUAGAUCCCGAGAUAGUGGCUAAAGCAACUGCCAAUGAUGUUUUUGUCAGUUGGAAAAAGACAAAUCAAAAAAAUAGAUACUAUCAUCUAUUCCGCGACCAAGAACUAAACGAGAUGGUUUUACAAUCAAAAGUAAAGAUUGUGGAAUCGGGCCGAGAUCAUGGCAACUACUAUGUUAUUUGCCAAAAAUUAUUUGGGAUCUAG